CGUGCUCGUUCUCAGCUGCAAGGCAAGAAAUUGGGCUCCAGCAGGGCCGUAAGGCUGCCCAUGGAGGUGCAGCGGGCCUCGCCGGUCGCCAUGGCGCCGCCGGCGCCCCUGGCGCACCUGCCGCCGCCGCCGGUGCCCCUGUUCAUCGCUUCACCUCGAGCGCGCCAAAAUAAUCUGGCGGCGCCCGCGCCCGCGCCCUUUGCCCUGCCGCCGUCGCCGCAGCGGCUGCCUUUCGCGGCGCCGCCGUCGCCGCAGCAACUCCCCUUCGCGGCGCCGCCGUCGCCGCAGCAAGGCGCGCCGGCGCCGCCGACGAAGGCGCCAGUCCCGUUCGCCAAGGCGCUGCACAAGAUGCUCGGCGACGCGCCCCAGCUGAUCCGGCUGGACGCGGAGGAGGGCUGCGUCGUCAUCCCGUCGCCUUCAGCACUCGAAGGCAUCCUGGGCAAAUACUACCGCCACUCGAAGUACGCCUCGUUCCAGCGACAGUUGAACAAUUUUGGGUUUCAUCGGCAAGCGGGCGCGGGCGUCACCAUAUAUAGGAGGAGUCCCGAGGCCGGCGGCCGCAUCGACUCGGUGGACGCGAUCCUGGGCAUCCGCCACGUCGUGCGACGGAAGGCGGCGGCGCCGCGGCCCAAAGCCCAGCUCGGCGACCGCUACUCCGCCGUGUCGGCCCUGCUCGCGCUGAAGCAGAGCGUGGCCGUGAUCGCCUGA